AAACAUAUGAUGUGAGGAGAGGACCAGAAUAUUAUCCCCACCAUUAAAAAAUUGCCAGGUGGGAAAGAAAAAAACAAUUUCCCUCCCCGGAGAUCUCCAAGCGCGUCAAAAUUGCUUCGCUUCGCAUCGCAUCGCAAACCCAAACCCUAAUCUCUCCGUCAACCAUAUUCUCUACGGACUCUCUCUCUCUCUCUCGUUUUGACUAGCUCUACUCCUCCUUCUAUGUAAAGGGUUUUAUAUUUUCCGGGUAACUAGGGCUUGCCUGAGUUCUUUUGAUGUAGUUCAAUGUAACUGAGAUGUUGCAAUGGCUGGUGUAUGAUAUAUGUGAUUCGAGUUUAAGAGGUUGUCCUCCAGGUAUGGCAAGUGGUUUUGGGGAUUCAGCGAGCAGGCCAUCCCAAUCACAAGGGCCUUCUUUCUCCAGCAGUAACGGGGAUGCUGGUAAUUUCGAAUGCAAUAUCUGCUUUGACUUAGCCCAAGACCCAAUUGUUACCCUAUGCGGCCAUCUUUUCUGCUGGCCGUGCCUUUACAAAUGGCUCCACAUUCACUCCCAUUCUCAGGAAUGCCCUGUUUGCAAAGCCGUCGUGAAGGAGGAGAGUUUGGUCCCCUUGUAUGGUAGGGGAAAGACAUCUACUGACCCAAGAUCAAAGUCAAUUCCUGGAGUUAACAUUCCGAAUCGUCCAGCGGGGCAAAGGCCUGAAACAGCUCCUCCACCAGAACAAAACCAUUUCGCCCAACGUGGGUUUGGAUUCAUGGGAGGUUUGGGAGGGUUUGCUCCACCAAUGGCAACCACAACAAGGUUUGGCAAUUUCACCUUCUCUGCAGCUUUUGGUGGCCUUUUCCCGUCUUUGUUAAAUUUUCAGAUGCAUGGAUUUCCUGACGCUCCCGUGUAUGGUGCAAGUGCUGGAUUUCCGCAUGGGUUUCAUAAUACAUUUCAUGGCCCCCAUGGACAUAGAUACAAUUUGCGACCGGGUCCUCGUGUGGGUCGUCCAGCUGUGGUUCAAGAUUAUUACCUGAAGAUGUUGAUUAUGUUUGUUGUAGCUUGUGCUCUUAUGGCUCUUUUGUGGCAAUAGAUUGAAUAUGCUAUCCAUUUCAAACUGGACGUUUAGGGUGUUUGUAUAUUUGCUAGUUUAUAUUUAUUGUUUCUGACAAUGGGGAAACUGUUCAUAUUUUACUAUUUUCAGUUUUGUUGUA